UGCGCUCGUCAGUUGCUAAGAUACGGCGCUUCACAUCUUUAGAUGCUGCACUAUUGAAUGACGCUAAACUAAUCACUGACGUUUCUGACGAUUAAUAUGUAUUAAGAUGGACGAAGGAACAGAGAUAUCUGUCACCAUCGCUCAAGUUGUCCAGCGGCUCAGAGGAACUCAUUUACACUCUCAGCUGGAGAAACAAGCCAGAGAAUGUUUACACAGGCCGGAGAUAAAGCUAGAAACCUUAAAAGAAGACGUCCGGAAUUUCCUAAGAGGCUCAGGUUGGGAGAGGAAGUUGCAAAAUGCAGUGUAUAGAGAAUUGCACAUUUUGCCUCCACCUGCUCACCCUGCAGCUACCCCUGAGCACACAAAAGAGCCACUGGAAUACAUGCGCAAAGCCCAGGCAUGCUGGGAGAAGAGGAUCCUGAAGAGUUUGAACAGUAUGUGUACUGAGUUGGGGGUUCCACUGGCCCGCAAGCGGCCUGUUGCAGAACAGAGACAUUUAACAAACAAAUGGAACGAGAUGGGCACAGAUGAAUCAGAUCUAAGCAAGUUCAGACCUGUAUAUGCACCCAAAGAUUUCCUAGAGAUGUUGAUUAGUCUGAAGAACCCCAAUCAUGACUGUAGCGAGGUGCUCACAGCCAGGAGCCACUGGGGACUUAUUCAGAUCUCCCUCAAUGUCCGUGAUAUCCUACAGAUGAGAGAGGCUUAUCCAGAACUGAGCCUGAACUGCGGCCAACUUGGAAUAGACGAUCAUGCACAUGUCCCUCCAGAUUUGUUUGAAAAUGAACACCUUCAUAUUGGAAAGAAAGUGUUGAGCGAACAGGACAGCGUAUCCGCUCAGCACUACAGCAGACAGGGAUGUCCCACUGGCCUUCGAGCGCAGCUAUGGGCUCUGAUCCUCAAUGCCACUAAUGAACCAGAGGACAUCAUGCAUUAUGAGCAACUGAAGGCAGCAGUCAUCCACCAUGACCUGUUGGUGGAUAAUCUAAUAUAUAAGGAUGUGAAGCUGACUGCAAGUAAUGAUGACUAUUACUUUGUAUUUGAAGACUUUCUGUAUCAGGUUCUCCUUUGUUUUUCUCGAGACAAUGCAGUUCUGGAGCAUUUUAGCUACAAUAGUGCCACUCCUCCCAAAUCCUACAUCCAGGGCAAGACUGGUGCAGAGGAGUUUGCUGUGGUGUAUCCUCCGAAUGGUGUUAUCCCAUUCCAUGGCUUCUCAAUGUAUGUGGCUCCCCUGUGUUUCUUGUACAACGAGCCGUCUAAGCUGUACAGCGUAUUCAGAGAGAUGUAUGUGCGCUACUUCUUCAGACUGCACUCCAUAUCCUCCUCCCCCUCAGGUAUAGUUUCUCUUUGUCUGCAGUUUGAGAGGUUACUCCAAACCCAUCUCCCGCAGCUCUUCUAUCAUUUACAAGAGAUCGGGGCCCAACCAUUGCGUAUCGCCUUUAAGUGGAUGGUUCGGGCUUUCUCUGGCUAUCUAUCCACUGACCAACUCUUGUUGCUAUGGGACCGUAUCCUUGGCUACGAGUCCUUAGAGUUAGUAGCAGUUCUGGCGGCUGCCGUCUUCAUGUUCCGGGCUGAAAAUCUGAUGGAGGUGACAUCACUGGCCUCAGCGGAGGCUGUACUUGCUGACCUUUCUACCCUUAAGGUCCUGCCCCUCCUGCAGAUAUUCCUCUUUGCUACAGGCAUCUGAGGACCAUGUUGUGUGGAUGCAUGUCAUCUCGAAGGGAUAAGCUGUGUCCAUGACAACUAAGUUAAGUGACAAGACUGUUGAUGUAGAAGUGGCAGUGUAUGAAUUCUCCGUGCCAUGAAAUCAAUAAGGUUGGCUUUUAAUCAGUCUGCAUGUUCCAGCAGGUCUAUAGUGAAUAUACUGCUUUAAAGGAUUUAACACUGACAUACCUUCAUGAUGGAUUGUGUCAUAUUACAUCCUAAUAAUAUUUGUAACAAGUAUGGGAAUAACAGCUGCUUUCACCAGUGACAGAUGUAUUACUGAUCUACAGUGCCCUUCAGAAUUAUUUCUGGAAAAUGAGCUUAAUUAAUAUAUGUAGUAAGUGAUAUGAGGAUACUAUAUAGUUUUCAUGAGUAGUGCAUUUUUUUUUCUUUUUUUUUUCAGUAAAACAAAACACUGUUUCAAAAUUGUGGCACACUUGCGGUUUAAUUAUUACACAGUCCCUCCAGGAUUUUGCGAUCUUCAGAGGAUAUUCGGAGGAGCUCGCAAAUUUUCCUCAGAUUUGGGCCAAGACAGGUCAUGUGAUGUCAUCACGACACACGUACAGCCAAAGCCCUCUUCGAUUCAUGUGCGUUGAACAUGAGUACAGCUAAAAGGUCUCGUUUGCCAACAAACAUCACUGCAAAAAACUAUUUUGCCAAUUCAAGUAGUUUUCCGCAAAAAAUUGAAAUAAAGCACAAAAAACUCUGCAAGUUGUAUCACAAAUUUUGAAAAAAAUAAGUCACAGCAAAAUCAAGAAUUUUUGGCCACAACAAUCACAAAAAACUCUGCUGAAUCCUGUACAGACUGAUUACAGCACUGACUGUAAUCCCUGUUGACGGAUGUCAGAAUGUUUUUAUAUUUUAUGUUCGAGGUAAACAGACCUCCUUUAUGUCCUCCUACCCAGGGUGUAUCUCUACCUCAUGCUCAGUCAGGGUCCAGCACGACAAUUUUAAGGAUAAAGCGGUUACUGCAUAUGAAGCAAGGAAUGAUUUUUUUUUUUCAAGAAUAAAAAGCUUAUUACCAGCCAUCCAUUAUCUGUACCGCUUAUCCUACACAGGGUCACAGGGUAGCCUGGAGCCUAUCCCAGGAAACCCAGGGCAUAAGGCGGGGGACACCCUGGAUGGGGGUGCCAACCCAUCGCAGGGCACAAUCGCAUACACAUUCACACAAACCACCAUGUGUUUGUACUGGGGGAGGAAACUGGAGUACCUACAGUACAGGGAGAACAUGCAAACUCCAUGCACAUCGGGUGGUGGUGGGAUUUGAACCCCCAACCCCAGAGGUGCGAGGCAAGCAUAUUAACCACUAAGCCACCGUUCCCCCCCUUCACACGUUUAUGAGAGGAAAUACUAUCAUUUAAAAAGUAGUUCCUAUGGGAAUGUUUUUCAUCAGAUCAGUCGUUUGCGUGGGAUCUUUGUGUGUUGUCUUUAUUUUAUAUUGUUCAUUUUCCUCAUUUCUAUGAAGGGUGCACUAUAAAUAACAAUAUGCUUAUAAUAAUAGGCUUAAAUAAUGUAUUACAAACAUUUAUGAAGUAUGCUAUAAUCUGUUUCCAGAAGUGGAAGAAGAAAAUCCAUGCAGUAAUACAGAAGACUAGGAAAUAAUGUCACUGAUAAUUCAUUAGCGCCAUAAACUCACUUGUGGUAUAUAGUGCCAGACAUUUUAAAGGUAUACACUGAUUAGACGUGUGCCUAAGACGAAACAAGAUUUCUAUUAAAUGCCAGUAUGUACAUCGUUGUAGUUUUAAGUGCAAACAUUUUGUUUUUAUUGUGUUCACAGCUUCUUUAUUACAUAUCUAGGCCUUUUUUUAUUAUUUGUGAUGCACAUUAUGUAAGCAAAGGGCCAUAUGCAUGUGCUUGAAAAAGUCACAUUAUUAUAUGAGUUAUGAAAAACAAGCAUGUUAUUAUGUGACAUGUAAAUCUGCCUGAAGCCUAUGAUGCAGAUUUGGCUUGUACUGGGUCAUUACAUAAAACCCCCAUCAUAUAUUCUCAGAACAGGAAUGAUCCUACUACUGUAUGUUGUAUUGCUGCACAAUGUCAGUAUGUUCAACAUGUCAAUAAUUACAUUUCUGAAGUUUUAUUGAAACUGCACUACUACUUUGAUUAUUCUUCAGUAUUUGCUUUCCAAGCUUCAACAAAUGAAGAAUGCCUUUUUAUUCUUUAUAUGAUUUUUAAACAGACUUUUAGGUUUAGGUUUGUAGAAUGACUAUUGCAGAAUGACACGUUUGAAAGCUGUUAUAAAGAUCCAUACACGUUUAUUAAUUUACAAUUACAAUGUAAUUUAGACAGUUUGGUGUCUUUUUUAAUUGUUGUUAUCUUGUAGAAGCUUAAAUUAUAUGUACGGAAUAAAACAUUAUGCUGUUAUAGGAAAAUAAUCAACAUUGAGGUGGCGUGAUGCAGCAUUACUGUUACCACCCCAUAGUUUAUUAUUGUCAGAUAAAAGCACAUCUGAAAGUGCUCUAUUCCUCUUAUACCACAGCAAUUUGCCAAAAUUAUUAUUAUUUUUUAAAAAUCUGUUUAGGAAUGACACAUUGUACAUAUGUAUCUGUUUAUGGUUACGUUUAAUGUUGUGGAAUAUCUGCUGAACAAGUUAGUUCCUGUUUUCAGUUCAUUAUAGCAGCGAUAAACAGCUGUUCCUUUUUUUUAACAAGUUAACAAGGCUUUAAUAAAAUGAAAUAAAAGAAAAAAACACAAAGAUCUGUCUCGUAAAAAAUGCUUAAAAAUGCUGACACUGGAUUCUUGUUCCAAAAAUGCUAAAUAAAUGUCUGCUCACAGAAAACUUUACACUAUCAACAGUUACGGGUUUUUAAAUUUUACUUGUUUGUGUGGCCACCAAACAAAUCCUUAUGAAUUACCUGUUACUAUCGAAAUGUUAACGUAUUAAAAUCAUCACAUUAAUAUAAACCUGUAAUUUACCUUGGAGCCAGGACUAUUGUCAGAGUCACAGAAAAUGAAUCAACAUCCUCUGACCAGUCAGAAUCGAGAAUUCUGUAUGGCACAUUUGCUUAUAUUUGUCAUUAGCAUUUAUCAUACCAUAUAUUUAUCAAUGUUCAUGCUAAUUAGGAUUUCAAAAAUAAUUAGCCUAUUUAACCGCCUCUGACUGCCCAAAAUCAUUCAUACUAUACUAAUUCAUAGAAAAAAAUAAUAUGCACCCAUUGGCUAACACUGGCUAUGACCGAAAACAUUACUAUGCAUGCUAUGAAU